AUGGCCUUUGCUAUUGAUGAGAUCAACAGAAACUCCAACCUGCUACCUAAUGUGACUCUGGGAUACAGUCUUUAUGAUAAUUGUGCUAAUCUAGAGAUUGGAUUUCGUGCAGCAUUGUCCUUAGUCAGUGGUCGAGAGGAGCAGUUUUUGUUAGACGAGACUUGUGUUGGAACCCCUCCAGUAGUGGGGAUUGUGGGUGAUUCUACCUCUACAAAUUCCAUUGCCAUCUCCAGUGUCUUAGGCUUGUACAGAGUGCCUAUGGUGCAUGCUAUGAUUCAGAUUCUAAAACACUUUGACUGGACUUGGGUUGGCCUGUUGAUCAGUGAUGAUGACUAUGGACUUCACGCUGCCCGAUCCUUUCAAUCUGACCUGGUUCAGUCUGGUCGAGGUUGUCUGGCCUAUUUGGAGGUUUUACCUUGGGACAAUGACCAAGAUGAAUUAAGAAGGAUUGUGGAUGUGGUGAGGCAGAAUGUGACAGGCCUGCAGUGGAUUACCAGUGAAGCUUGGACAGCAGCUACUGCGCUCCACACUCCUCACCUCACGCCAUACCUGGCUGGCACACUGGGUAUCGCCAUGCGUCGAGGACAAAUCCCAGGCCUUAGGGAAUUCCUCUUACAAACACGUCCUGACCUACAUCAUAACAGCAGCAACUAUGGAAACAGCAUGUGUAGAUUUGCACCACCUCCAGCAGACUGGGUAGAUGCUGGGGGAGCAUUAUGCACUGGACAGGAAGAUAUGGAAAGUGUGGAGAAUGACUUCUUGGAUGUUUCAGACCUCAGGUCAGAGUACAAUGUGUACAAGGCUGUGUAUGCACUGGCAUAUGCUCUUGAUGACAUGCUGCACUGUGUGCCAGGCAGAGGGCCUUUCAGAGGACACAGCUGUGGCAGUUUGAAAGGACUGGAGCCAUGGCAGCUGGUGUAUUAUUUGGAUAAGGUCAACUUCACCACAUCAUUUGGUGAUCAAGUGUCAUUUGAUGAGAAUGGUGAUGCCUUACCAAUAUAUGAUAUCAUGAACUGGCUGUGGCUCCCUGAUGGAACAACUAAACUUCAGAAUGUGGGUGAGGUUAAGAAGUCAGCCUUCAAAGGUGAAGAACUCAGAAUUGAUGCAGACAAAAUCUUCUGGAACUUUGAAUCAAAAAAGCCACCCCGGUCAGUGUGCAGUGAGAGCUGUCCUCCAGGUACCCGCAUGGCCAGAAAGAAAGGGGAACCUGAGUGCUGCUUUGACUGCAUCCCUUGUUCUGAGGGAAAGAUCAGCAAUGAUACUGACUCAUUGGAGUGCACCAGUUGUCCAGAGGACUUCUGGUCCAGCCUCCAGCGUGACCACUGUGUUCCCAAGGAAACAGAGUUCCUCUCCUACCAUGAACCUCUGGGUAUUGGCCUGACAGCUGCUGCCUUGCUGGGCACCUGUAUGUGUGCUGUUGUCCUGGGCAUCUUCAUCUGUCAUCGGAGAACACCGAUAGUACGCGCCAACAACUCAGAACUGAGUUUUCAGCUAUUGCUGUCACUUAAGUUAUGUUUCCUGUGUUCACUGCUGUUUAUCGGUCGUCCCACGCUGUGGACAUGCCAGCUGAGACAUGCAGCAUUUGGGAUCAGUUUUGUGCUUUGCAUCUCAUGUAUCCUCGUAAAAACUGUGGUGGUCCUGGCUGUGUUCAAGGCCUCCAAGCCAGGAGGUGGAGCCAGUCUGAAGUGGUUUGGUGCUAUGCAGCAGAGGGGGACAGUCAUGGUUCUUACUUCUAUUCAGGCAGCAAUCUGCGUUGCUUGGAUUACAUCUGCCUCCCCAGUUCCCCAUGAAAACACUCAAUACUACAAUGGCAAAAUAGUUUAUGAGUGUGUUGUUGGGUCCACCAUUGGUUUUGCAGUUUUGCUGGGUUAUAUUGGAUCACUGGCUAUCCUCAGUUUUCUGAUUGCAUUUAUAGCAAGGAAACUUCCAGAUAGUUUCAAUGAGGCCAAACUCAUCACUUUCAGCAUGCUGAUCUUCUGUGCUGUGUGGGUGGCCUUUGUCCCUGCUUAUGUCAGCUCACCGGGCAAAUAUGCAGAUGCAGUGGAGGUAUUUGCCAUCCUGGCCUCCAGUUUUGGUCUCUUGGUAGCACUGUUUGGACCCAAAUGUUACAUAAUCCUGCUGAGACCAGAGAGGAACACAAAGAAAGCCAUCAUGGGUCGAGGCAACGAUACAUAAAAGCUGCACUUAA